UGUGUAGUUUCAUAAAAAACUUUGAUUACGUUCGCUCAUUCUGUGUACAGAUUAACGUCUUUUCUAUUUAUACGAUUGUUGUAAAUCUGUUUACAUUGAGUCGGCUUUACACCACUUUCCAAAAUUCUACAAAUGGAUUUUGUUCCGCAAAUUGAUCUGAAGCUGGAAAUACCAGGUGCUUUGACUGUGAAUAGAUCUCAUAGACGAAAUUUUCAAGUUGGAAUGACACGUUACAAUAUCAGAAAUGCCAAAGAAAUGCCUAUUAAUCAGUUAAAUCAAAAAUUAGAAUCAAUUGAACGAAGUCGAAUAAAAAGUCAAAUUGAAUGGAAACAAGAGAUGACAAGUCUACGAAUUGAACUACAGAGAUUGAAAGCUGAGAAGGAACAGAAUAAGGAGGAGAAACGAAAGAAGAAAGAAAAAGCCAAAAAAGCUGAGACCGUCAAGCCUAAAAUGUUUAAUCCUUCAAUUCCGGCUGUAGAUGAAGCUGUUGUAAAAAAACCCAUAGAAACUAUAAAUCAUAGUCGAUCUUCCCUCAAUGAUAAAGGAUUUAGAAUGAUUAUAGAAAACUAUAGACGUAAGAUAAUUAAUAAAGUCGAAAAUAAACCGAUUGUUACUGAAAAUCCAAAAGUAUCUACGACUUAUUUUAAAAUGACGGCUCCAAGCACUCCGUGCAGAAGAAAGUUAAAAUUUCCAUACUCAAAUCUACCUCCAAUUUAUGAAUGAAAUGACGCCUCAAAUAGCUUGAAAUUGUAACAGGGAUAAAAAGCUUGAAGUUGAUUUUGUUCAUUUAGAGUUCUCUGACCUCAAAUGUCUAUUUUUAUUUGUUUGUAUGUACAACUUAUAAAUUUUAUGAUAUAAUAAUUUAAUAAUCUAUUUAUUAAUCUUCGACUCUUUUCUCUUCCUUUCAAACUAUCUAUUUAAUUCUUUAAAAGAUUCACCGAAGCUUUCUUUCACCUUUUUAAAAUGACAAUAUUGCUUUUAAACAGGAAUAUAUUUAGGUAAUUUUGUACAUUAAACAAAAAAGAAGGCGUCUAAACGCUUCCUUAGUCUGCGAAAAAAGAGAUGAUAUAAACAAUAUUUCUGCUUUAAAAGUAAUAGCUAUUCUUUUAUCUUAUUGAAAUCUUCUUUUUGACUUGUAAGAAAAAGAAGAAUAAGCAAAAUAAAAGAUAAUUUAUUUAUCCUUGAAGAACAC